ACGCACACGCACACACAUCUGCCUUCUUCCAGCUCCAGUUCACCUCCGAGCUCAGCAGCAGCCCACCGAGAGUGAGAUGGCGAGCGUGAAGGUUUUCGGGUCACCGACCUCGGCGGAGGUGGCCCGCGUGCUCAUGUGCCUGUUCGAGAAGGACGUGGAAUUCCAGCUGAUCCGCGUGGACGCCUACCGCGGGCCCAAGCGCAUGCCCCAGUACCUGAAGCUCCAGCCCCAUGGCGAGGCGCUCACCUUCGAGGACGAGAACACCACCCUCUCCGAGUCCCGUGGGAUCCUGCGCCACAUCUCGCACAAGUACGCGAAGCAGGGGAACCCGGACCUGAUCGGCACGGGUGCGCUGGAGCGCGCGUCCAUCGAGCAGUGGCUGCAGACGGAGGCGCAGAGCUUCGACGCGCCCAGCGCCGAGAUGGUCUACAGCCUCGCCCUCCUGCCGCCCAACCUGCCCAAGCAGCAGAACGACAACGGCAGCGGCUUCAACAACGGCAGCGGCAGCGGCUUCAACAACAGCGGCAGGGAGAGGGACGUGGGGAACGCGUCCGCCGGCAGCAAGCAGCGCUCCCCGGCCGGGUGGCCGGCGGCGAACCAGAACCAGAACCAGCAGCAGGCGAAGCAUCAGAAGGAGGAGGAGAUGGUGAGGCUGUUCGAGCAGCGGAAGAAGGACCUGGAGAAGCUGCUGGACAUCUACGAGCAGCGGCUGGAGGAGGCCAAGUACCUCGCCGGCGACAACUUCACCAUCGCCGACCUGUCGCACCUGCCCAACGCCGACCGCCUCGCCUCCGACCCGCGCUCCCGCCGCCUCUUCGAGACCCGCAAGAACGUCAGCAGGUGGUGGAACGACGUCUCCAGCCGCGACACCUGGCAGUACGUCAAGAGCCUGCAGCGCCCGCCGCCCACCGACGCCAACGCCAAUUCCAAGAACGGCCAGCACCAGCAGCAGCAGGGGCAGCACACGCAGUCCACCGACGAGCACAACAGGAAGAACUACCAGCAGCAGCAGCAGCAGGUCCAGCACGAGCGCUACUAGCCGUGCCGUCGUCCGGCAACAACAACAACUACCUGCCGCGAAUGCGACGUCCAUUGAUAUGUUUUCUGCCGUUAAUCGUGUCAUCGUUUUCGUAUGUGCCGUCGUCAUGGCGUCUUUAUUCGAGUUCGUUGCAGUCUGCUGUUUUGAACUUUGGUGGGUGCAGGGUCCUACGAGUCCAUCCAUUCCGCUUUUCUGCUGAAUUGCCUCAGCAUUGUGUUUUGUUCUUCAUGUAAUAAAAUGUAGCCCACACCCCUUUUGAAUGAAAUUGAAGUUUCAGUGUCGCGUGAAA